AUGGAUGGUGGUUUGGGUGAAAGCUCUUCGGGAGGAGAGAAGCCUGUGAUUGUUAGGGUUAAGCGUAAAGUUGGACAGUCUCCGCUCGAUGCUAUCUGGUUGGAGAUAAAUGAAAGACCUUUCAAACGACCCUUACUCGACUUCUCAAACCUAUCUAUCUCCAAUUCCGGAAAGAAAGUGGUAGUGGAUGUGAGGCCCAAGAAGGUGCUUGUGCGGCAUUUGGAGACUGUCACAGACUCUGAAACCACUGUUGAUAUCAUCCACUCUCUGUUUGAGUCUGAUAAUAAUGAGCAGAGUUGCAGUAAAGGAAAGCUUGAGGAUCGGAAACUUGCCUUCAGGAAAGAUAAUAGAAAGGAACAGCGCUUGACCAAAGCUGUACAACAGCAACAGACUGCUGCACAGAAUGCCCGGUUUGAGCAAAUAUGGCGGAGAAGGAAUGGAAACAAGGAAGGCAUCCAUGAUAAAGAGCUUCAUGAGAGGUGUAGUUUCUAUGACGUUAUUCGUGUUGAUACUGAAGAAAGACCAAACAAUGCACCAGAGGUUACAUCCUUGGAGGACCAGAAAAUGCUGGCUAGUUUCUUGCCUCUCCUUAGAGAUUGUAUUCCUACAGCAGCUGAAGAGAUUGAAGCUGAUAUCCAUGCUAGUCAUACGGAAGAAUACGUUUAUGAUUUCUAUGCUGUAAACGAAGAGAUGGAUAUAAGUGAAGACAGUUCUAAGCACCAGUUUCCUCUUGUCAUAGUUGAGGAGGAAGAAGAGUUCUACGAUGGACCUGAUGAAUCAGACUAUGACUCUGAGGAUUCAAACGAAGAGGAGUCUGAGGAGGAGUCUGAAGAAGAAGAAGAAGAAGAAGAUGAGGAGUCUGAAGAAGAGAAGAGUGAAGCCUCUGAUGAAUCAAAAGACGAGGAGACUUCAAAAAGACAUUUGAGAAUGGUCCUUGAUGAAGAAGAUGAGGAGUUCUUGGAUGGUUAUGAUGCAGAGGAUGUGAAUGUUUAUGGGGAUAGCGAUGAGGAGUUUGAGCAAACUAAGUGGUGUUACCGACUUGGAUAUCGUCAUCGUCUUCACCGCGAAGCUGAGUGGAAGAUGUUAACAGCAGAUAUACCACCGAAUCAGUCAAUCUACAUCAAAAACCUCAAUGAAAAGGUCAAAAAAGAAGAAUUGAAGAGAUCUCUUUACUGUUUGUUCUCACAGUUUGGGAGGAUACUCGAUGUGGUUGCUUUGAAAACUCCUAAGCUCCGUGGCCAAGCUUGGGUUGCCUUUAGUGAUGUCACUUCUGCUACUAAUGCUGUUCGCCAGAUGCAGAACUUCCCCUUCUAUGAUAAGCCCAUGCGCAUACAAUUCGCUAAAGAAAAGUCAGAUUGUAUUGCUAAAGAGGAAGGGACUUUCGUUCCCAAAGAUAAGAAGAAGAGGAAGCAAGAAGAGAAAGCCGAAAGAAAGCGUGAAGAAACUCAACGACCAAACACAGCUAAUGGCCCAACUCCACAGAACGGAGCCCCCCCUGCGCCAUCAUCGUUCAAGCCGAGCGGACAAGAAGCGAUGCCACCGAACAACAUACUCUUCAUUCAGAACCUUCCCCACAAUACGACAACCGAUAUGCUUGAGUAUCUCUUCAGUCAGUAUCCGGGAUUCAAAGAGAUAAGAAUGGUUGCAGCUAAACCAGGCAUUGCAUUUGCAGAGUUCGAAGACGAUGUUAAAUCUUCCAUGGCUAUGCAAGGUCUUCAAGACUUCAAAAUCACUCCCCAGUUUCCAAUGCUCAUCUCUUUUGCCAAGAAAUGA